GCUCCAUCCCACCUCGGAAAUACCAACCAGGUGCUACAGCUCCCUUCUCCGCUACUCUGCGCUCAUCUCAGCGGGCUUUUCUCAUGGAGCUCGUCGCUGUCGGCGCUGCGCUGUAAACGAAACUAGAAGUAAACACCAGCGAUGUCCUGCCAGUAAGUGAAAGCCUCCUUAUUACCUCAGCCUGUGUACCCGGCUUGCAUGGCUCCCGGUCGGCCGGCUGGACAAUAGACAUCCCGCCUGGCCGCUGCAGCAGCAGCUUCUCCUCCUCCUCCUCCUCCUCCUCCUCCACCACCCGGAGGAGCUUUCUGAGUGAUCCUGCCCAGGGACCCUGCAGCCCCUCUCCAAAUGGCUGGACACGAGUGGGAAGACUGGUUCGAGCGGGAGGAAUUUAUCGGACAGAUCAGCGACAUGCGAGUGCAGAACCUGCAAGUUGAAAGAGAAGUGGUUCAGAAGAGGACCUUUACACGAUGGAUGAACCUACAUUUAGAGAAGUGUGACCCAUCCAUUGAGGUUCAUGACCUUUUCCGAGACAUACAGGAUGGACACAUUCUCAUGGCCCUGCUGGAGGAGCUCUCUGGCUGCAAGCUGCUUCACGGAUUCAAGAGAUCCUCCCAUCGUAUUUUCAGACUCAAUAACAUAGCCAAAGUCCUGUCUUUCUUGGAGGAGAGAAAUGUAAAGCUGGUGAGUAUUGAUGCAGCUGAUAUUGCCGAUGGAAACCCCUCCAUCAUCCUGGGGCUCAUCUGGAACAUCAUCCUCUUCUUUCAGAUUAAAGAGCUAACUGGGAACAUCAGGAGCCAGUUCCCCUCUUCCUCCAGCUUGUCCUCCAUCCCCACCAGCUCAGACUCAGACACAUCCUUCUGCAGCACACCGUCAGAUGAGAAACAUUCAGCAUCCACAGCCAUGCGAGAACACAGCAAAGCCAUCAAGAAACUGCUGCAAUGGGUGCAGAAGCGAACACGCAGGUUCGGUGUGGCAGUGCAGGACUUUGGAAAGAGCUGGACAAGUGGCCUGGCCUUCUUGGCUAUCAUUAAAUCCAUUGACCCCAGUCUGGUGGACAUGAGAAAGGCAUUGCUGAGGACAGCCAGAGAGAAUCUGGAAGAAGCCUUCAGGAUAGCCCACUACAGCCUGGGUAUCCCACGCUUACUGGAGCCUGAGGAUGUGACCGUCAAUGCACCAGAUGAACAAUCAAUCAUGACAUAUGUGUCACAGUUCCUUGAGCACUUUCCUGGCAUAGAAGAGCCGGAGGAGCCCUGCCUGUUGAUUGAAAGAAGUGUCUCUAUGUGCCGACUCAACUUCCGCGACAGUGACUCUGACCACCUAAGGAAUGGGCCUCAUGGAAACAGAGUGAGAGAGAGGUCCUGUAUGUUCCAGAGGGAUUGUGCCCAACCUCCACCCAAAAUUUUAAUUUCCUCUGUGUCAGAGGACAGAGGUAGCAUCUCACGCCACAUCAGGCGUGCUGCAGCUCGCUCGUGGUCCAGUGAAGAUUUCUUAGCAGAUUCCUCCCGUAUGGAGGACAGCUCCAGCAGUGUGGUUAAAGAGCCCAAGGAAACUGCCAGUGACAUCUUAAUCAACAGCCCACAGCUGUCAUACACUCACUCUCCCACAGGCUCAUCAGUGCCUGAGUCUAUAAACACUGAGUCAGUCAUUGGCGACUCAGCAAUCAGCUCACCGGACUCCUGGGUUGAGAGUGAGUUUGGUGUCCUACCAGAGAAGUUUUGUGAGAGCAGAAGUGACAGUUCUUUGUGUGACAGUGGAACUGCUUGGGAUGUGUACCGUGCCACCCCUGUGGAGAUCACAAGUCUUGAUGAAGGAUUUGUCCCAUCUGUAGAGGACAGAGCUUCUGAAGAGCCAUCUGUUACUGAGUCACAUAUCGAUGAAGGGAUUUACUCACUGAGCUCAUUGGAAAGCACCCAGGACAGAAUCCACGGACAUAUUGUGGAAAAGCAAGCAGAAGUAGUGAGGGAGAAAGAGGCCAACCUUGAAAAUCACAACCAGGACAAAACAUCAGAACAGGUAUCUGAUCAUACUGAAUCUGAGAUUACUAAAGAGGGAGACUCCGAACAGAUGGAUACAAGUCUACUUAAAAAAGGCGAAGUACCCGGAGAGCAAGAAUCUUCAUUUGGAAUGAGUGAUGCUGAUGUACUGGCCAACUCUGGUACUGAAGAUUUAUGUGAAACUGAAAAAAAUAGCCAGUCCCAAAUGAUCUCUGACACUAAACUACAGCCUGACCAAGAACUCAUGAAGCAAACCAGUGUUGAAGAGAGCACUGGCAAAGAACCAGAUGUCUUAAAGAAAGUUGUGGACUUCAUUCGAGAUGCACAGGAUGAAGAAGGACAAAUUAAUGGUCAAACUCAAGGUCAGACUGAGAGAAAUAACUCUGAGGAGGUUGAAGUGGAAACUACACCGAAAGUAGAUUCUCCUUCAGAGGAGACAAAAAGGGAAUUAAGAGAAGAGUCAGGGAUUUUAAAGGAAAGGGAUGAUGGGGUUGUAGAAACACAAGACAAAACAAAAGAAGGAGAGUGCCUAGAUCCUCAAGAAAGCUUUAGCUCAGAGACUUGUGAUGCUGUACCAACCACAUAUUCAGCAAGCCAAGAUGGAGCCUCAAGAACAAACCUGGACCCAAGCACAGACAUAAAUAUUCCUCUGAUCUCUAUUUCCAGUGAACCAGAAGAGCGGCCUGGUGAGGGAACUUGUGACCCAGAAAGCCAAGAACAUGCUUGGGAUUAUGAAUUACAUCAGGCAAGGGCAACUGGAAAUGAAGGAAAUGACAGAAAUAUUAACAGCCCUCAAAAUCCAGAUGAAUUGUGCUGUGACUCCAGUGACAAAGACAAAAACCAUGUUGAAAUUCUGGUAUCAGAAAAUGUUAAACCAGAACACCUAAGAGACAUACAAAGUGGGCAUUUGGAUGAUACAGGCGAACAUUCCAUCAGCAAUUUCUCAAAUGCAGACAUUUGUGGAUCAGACACAAUUGAUAAGAUUCAAAGAAGUGAAGUCAAACAGGAAUGUGAGUCUCCUCAGCACAGCUUUCAGACAAGUAACACUGAGAAGGACUUGAUUAGUCAGACUACUAAUAUAGAUUCUAAAUCUCAACUUGUGAAUAAUGAGCAAGAGACCGAUUUAACUGAUCAACUGGAUGGCCACCAGGACAAACUGGGUGACACCUUUUCCGAUAGUAAGAAGAUCACACUGGAUCCAGUCAACUCGAAACACAAUGGUAUGACAGGGAUUUCGUAUUGUGAAUUAAACAGUGUAUCCGGAGACAUGAACUUGUUUUAUACAGACUUUGACCGAAAUUCUUCCACAGAUGAUCUAGUUGUUGACCUUAUCGAACCCAUGGAUCUGUUCUAUCCUGACAAAGAGGAGGCCGUGUUUACAGAGCCACCUGAUACCGAAAUGCAGAGUUGGCCAUCUGUGUUAAGUGUAUCCGCUCUUCAGCCGGCACCAGCUUCGGACUCUAUGCCAGAUGACCAGUCGCUUAACCUGCUGGGUGAACAUUUCGGGAAUGGAGUCAAUUUGAUUCAAGAGAAUGACAAGGUGAUCGCUAAGACCAACCAGGAGACUGACACGGCAUCUGAAUCCCAGGAACAUUCUUUGUUUCCUGGGGAUAAGAUAGGAGAAGUCUGGGUUGGUGAUGUUCCAGCAGACGGCAGUGAUUUCAGUGAGACUGAGCAACAGAGGUCAGACAUUGCCAGGGAAAACACAGAAACCGUGAGGAGUGACACUAAAAAUUCCAGCAGACAAGAUGAAAGCCAGAUCCCUCCAGUUCUCCGUCACAGAAAGGGGCUUCGCUUCACUGAGUCUACGGUCAAUCAGACUGCAGUGACCAAAAAGCCUGACAGUGAUGACUCUCAUGAUGAUUUUUGGCGGAGCGAGAACUGGGAGCUGUAUCUGCUGCUGCUGCUGUGGCUGUUGCUCUACUGUUUCUGGCUGCUGCCACAGAUAGACCUGAAGACGUUGCCCAGCCUGCUGCUUAACCUCAACAACUGAGACACACACACUCUCUCUCUCUCUCUCACACACAGAUAACCUUUAAUGCACCAACACUAAAACAAACACACAUGCAGCUCAACUGCCAUUCCUUUCCUUUUCAUUACAAUGAUUUUACUCCAGAUCAAACAACUUUUUUUUUUUGGAGGUUUUUGCUUUUUAGCUUUUGAUGUGGCUUGAAGUAAUCUGUAUGAUAAUAUAUUAGAACUACUGCUGGGGAAAAAUGAAGUUUGGGAUUUUUAGAAAAAGUUGCAAUAUUUUGGAAAAAAGAUCAUUUUGAGGAAAAAUUAUAAUGUUUAAUAAUGUAUCGUGUUAUUGAAUUAAAUUUGCAAGUUUACAAGAUAAGUUUUUUUACGAGGAAAACUUUAUCAUAUCAUUAGGACAGCUUAUGUUGUAAUAUUUUGAGAAAAAUCAUAAUGUUCAGAAAAUAUAGUUCUCACUCUAAGAAAACAUAUGAGAAUAUUUCAAGAAUAAAUGAUUUUGAGAAGGUAAUAAACUUUUAAUACGAAAGUUGUCAUUAAAAGAAAAAGAUUGAAAAUGAGUGGUUGUAAAUUUUAUGAGGAAAGGUAAUAUAAAAAAAAAACAUUUUGAGAAUAAAGUUUUUCUGAAAAAUCAUAUAAAAAUGACCAAGAAAUUAUAAUAAUAAUGAUAUGAACAAUAAGAAAUAUUGCUACAUAAGUAAUUUCUAUCAAGAUAUUUUCUCACAAUAUUAUGACUUCUAAAAUUACAGCUUUAUCUCUUAAUAUUGCAACUUUAUUCCCCAAAAUUUAAAAGUAUGACUUUAUUUAUGCAACAUUUUAAUUUUUCUCAAAAUUACAGCUCCCUUUUCAUAACAUUGCCAUGUUUCUGAAGAUAUUCCAAUGUUAUUCUUGAAAUCUCCAGGUAGUGGCCCUGAUAUGUGCUUCUGUUCUAAAGACACUAAAGAAGUUUGUGGGUUAUUGCUGUUCAAAACUGACGGAACUGACCUUGUAAGACUAUCUGACUGUAUAGCACACUCCAGUUUGUAGAUAGUUAUAUAUGCUAUGGAUGUCUGGAUGCACAGUUGACUGUCCUAAUAGCCAUUUAACUGACAUGAAGAUGUGAAAAGUGAAACUACUUCAGACUGAUGAUAAAAACUGGAGAUAGUGGGGGAAAUGAAAGCGAGAUUAUAUAUGAUAAAGCCGAGCUUUUUGAGCUAAUGUACCUGUACUAUUGUAAAGAGAACUGAAUGAAGUCUGAAUGAAGGGGUAAUUUGGAUCUGCUGCACUUUUGAAAAAGAUUACAAACUGCCAAAGAUAGUGUUGAAAGUGCUAAUAUAGAAAAUACACAACUCACCAUAAGCUCAAUAAUGGAAAUCUUGUUUUCAACACAUAGAGAGUCUAGUAUAAUAUUACCCCGGCUCUAUAUUGUAUAAUAGUUGAGGCAGAAUAUGUAUUUGUAAUAUUUUAUGGCUCAUAAGAUGUAUGAAAGGAUUUUUAAAAGUUUUAUGACAAAUAAAUGUUUUAAUGCGACUGAA